AUGGAUGAAAGAUCCAGUCAAGGGCAGCAGUCUGCAGCUACUCCAGUAUACAUUCUCCGCGGACAUGCAGCUCCAAUACACGCUUUGCAAAUCUUCUCCCAAAACCUGCGGCUAGUCUCCGGAGACGCCGAAGGCUGGAUUGUCAUCUGGGACCUAGUCACCAAGCGUCCAGUCACGGUGUGGAAGGCGCACGAGGGCGCAGUACUCGAAGUGAAGGGUUUCCAGGUUGCCUCGGGGGCCUCGGAGAUUUAUACACAUGGACGCGACCACAAACUCUGUGUCUGGAAGCUUCGUGCAGAAGACGAGGGGUUCCUUGAUAAGACUUUACCGGUUGAUGUGACAGCGUCGGAUCGUUCAAAAAGUGCUACUCAGCCAUGGCUGCUUCAUUCCUUGCCUGUCAACGCGCUGAACUUUUGCGCGUUUUCGAUGACAUUCUUGAAUAUGCUGAGCAAUUCAUCUUUACAAGACGCUCCAGAGCCAACAACAUCCCGUGUCGUCUUGUUUGCAGUCCCUAAUGCUCUUGACUCUGGAGGAAUCGACAUCUUCCAUCUACCAUCUGAACGCCGGAUUAGCACCAUUGCCUCGGAUUCAUCAACCAAGACUGGCAUGGUUAUGGCCGUCAAUAUGUUCGUAUCUUCAUCUGGAGAUGUAUACGUUGCAUCCGCCUACGAAGACGGUCACGUCAUGGUCUUCAUGCACAAAGGUCCUCUCACAGCUGCCAGCUUCGAGAUCGGCAGCAUCGCUUCAAAUCCCUGGAAGUGGGACAAACUCUAUGCUAGCCGUCCGCAUAGCCAACCUGUCCUCUCCCUUGACGUGUCUCCCACGCGCGACUGCUUCAUCACGUCUUCUGCCGAUGCUCUACUCAUCAAGCAUCCGAUACCCAGCCCAAAUUCUCCUGGGUAUAUUCCUACUGAGAAUUAUACGGAAGAGAAACCCCUUAAAACGAUCAACACGAAACAUUCUGGUCAGCAGGGAUUGCGCAUGCGCAGCGACGGGAAGAUCUUUGCGACUGCUGGCUGGGACAGCAGGGUGAGAGUGUACUCGGGCAAGACAAUGAAGGAGCUGGCUGUGCUCAAAUGGCACAAAGAAGGCUGCUACACUGUCACAUUCGGAGAUACAGAUCCGUUUUCCCAGCCAGCAAUUUCUGGCCAAUCCCAAGAAUUGACGACAAAUGAAUCGGGCUCGGAGCAAGUUACCCGCGACCAAAGCUUGUCACUCGCGGCCAUUCAUAACCAACGAAAUCAAAAAGUACAACACACGCAUUGGCUAGCAGCUGGAUCCAAGGAUGGAAAGGUUUCAUUAUGGGAUAUCUACUGA